AGAUAUUGUGUCGAGUGUACUAGAGUACCAGAUUCUCAGAGAAUGUACUAGAUCUAGUACAAUUGUACUAGACUGUUCGAUAGUUUCAAGAAUAUCAUGCAUGGAGGAAGAUAUUACGUUUUUGUCCUUUUCUUCAUUCUGGCAACACUGGAAGUCACUAACAUCAACUUUCAAUACUGUCAGAUGUUUUUGAGGUUAAAUCUUAAAUCAAAAUAGUUCAUUUUUUAUACAUAUAUCGGCCCAAAUUAAAACAAAUAAGAAUGCUUCCACUUUCACUUCUAAGGACGGCGCAAAAUCAUCCGAUGUUGGUCGAGCUGAAGAAUGGAGAAACUUACAACGGGCACUUGGUCAGUUGUGACAAUUGGAUGAAUAUUAAUCUAAGAGAAGUUAUAUGUACUUCUAGGGAUGGUGACAAGUUCUGGAGGAUGCCCGAAUGUUACAUUCGCGGGAGCACGAUUAAAUACCUACGUAUACCAGAUGAAGUUAUUGAUAUGGUAAAAGAAGAGACCGUUAUUAAAAAUAAAGGUAGAAAUGAUAUGAAAGGAGGCAGAGGACAAAAUCAAAGAAACAGGCCUGCAGCGCGAGGUAACUUUGGAGGAGGCAGAGGAAAUAAACCAGGAGGACAAGGUGGAAGAAAUCCCCCAUUUCAAAAACAAAAACCAAAACAAUAGGUUUACUAAUACUUUAAUCUUAUAAAUAAUUAGUUUUAAGUGUAAUCAGUAAAUUAUAAAUAAAAUACAUCAAACAGACUGUGAAUAAAGACACGUAAAAAUGUUUUGCAGACUACCAAUUUUACUUAGAUUGAAACUUCA